CACGUGUCGCGCCGGGGGAGCGGCGUACGUCGCCAGAAGGGAAGUAGGUCCUACGGCUGGUCGGCUCGGCUGCUGGGCGAGGUGGCGGGCGGGGGUUUGCCGCCGGUGGAGGCCGCCGCGGGGCGCCCGGAAGAUGUUACCAAGUUCAGCGAGCUCCCCGCUGCAGGGGAACGGAGCCCUGAAUUCCAGGGAUGCAGCGAGACACACGGCGGGGGCGAAGCGCUACAAAUACCUGAGAAGGCUUUUCCGUUUCCGGCAAAUGGACUUCGAGUUUGCUGGCUGGCAGAUGCUCUACCUGUUCACUUCCCCGCAGAGGGUCUAUAGGAACUUUCAUUACCGAAAGCAGACCAAGGAUCAGUGGGCGAGAGACGACCCGGCUUUCUUGGUGCUGCUAAGUGUCUGGCUGUGCGUGUCCACUGUAGGAUUUGGCUUUGUGCUGGACAUGGGAUUUUUUAAGAUGAUAAAGCUGCUCCUUUGGGUUGUGUUCAUAGAUUGUGUGGGUGUUGGUCUUCUCAUCUCAACUCUAAUGUGGUUUAUCUCUAACAAGUAUUUAGUGAAACGGCAGAGCAGAGACUAUGAUGUGGAGUGGGGCUAUGCCUUUGAUGUGCAUUUGAAUGCUUUUUAUCCUCUCCUAGUCAUUCUGCAUUUCAUCCAACUGUUUUUCAUCAACCAUGUCAUCCUAACAGACACAUUUAUUGGAUAUUUGGUCGGAAAUACCUUCUGGUUGAUUGCUAUUGGCUAUUACAUCUAUAUAACCUUCCUGGGAUACAGUGCAUUGCCAUUUUUGAAAAAUACAGUAAUUCUUCUCUAUCCAUUUGCUCCUCUCGUUCUGCUGUACGGGCUGUCACUAGCACUAGGAUGGAACUUCACCCACACACUGUGUUCUUUCUACAAGUACAGAGUGAAGUGAAAAAAGUGAGACUGUUACCUCUUAACUGUGUCAACAGUAUUGGUGAAGUGAUUUCUUAUGAAACUUGUAAAUAAACUCUUAUUGUAGAUAUCCUGAAGGUGUAAAGUUUGUGAAUUUGAGGAAAUAUAUGUUAACACUAUUGUCAUACAUUCCUUAAAACUAAUUAAAUGUACAUUUCUAUAAUAAAUAUUUUUAAACUAAA